AUGUGCCGAAAGAGUCUGACACCCACCUACUCAGUGGUGAUACUUCCAAAAGACGAGCCUCUCAUCAAUGAGAAUGAAGAUCCUCCCACUGCCUCGGGAACCGCCGAAAUAACAGAGACUGCACAAGCAGACGGUCUGAAAUCCACCUACACAGUGCUGAACCUGCCGAAAGACGAAUAUCUCGUGGAAGAGUACGAGGAUCCUCCCAUUGCCUCGGGACCCGCCGAUGUGUCAGUGAUUGCACAGGCAGAUCUGCGUAAACAGGAGCCGAACAAGAACAUCGGAAAUAGACCGGACCGUAAGAUCCGCCUACUCUGCCUAGUUCUUUCCGUGCUCAUCGCGAUAGUGGUCGGGCUGUCGAUCCACGUAUCACAGAUUCGUCAGUCAGAGAUCACCACCGACCGAAACUACCACGAGUUAAACUCAACUCUUCAAUCCAAGAUAGCUGAGAUUUCUGCGCUCAAUUCUAGUUUCUCCGAUCUUAAACGAAGGCACAGCGAUCUCCGUCACCAGUUCACUGAGAUGGAAACGAAGUACAGAUCUGUCAACGAAACCGAGGCUGAAAUCUGUGAAUUGUCGACCAGCGGAAGAGAGCAAGCGUGUUCCCAGGAUUGGAUCAGAAAUGAAGACCGGUGUUAUUUCAUAUCGACGUUUACAAUACCUUAUGAUGGAGCGAAAGAACUUUGUUCUCACUUGGAUUCAAAGCUUCUUGAAAUAAAUUUUAUAGAAGAAGAGAAAUUUGUUAUCGAAGCUGUCAGCGAACAAGACAAUGCAUUCUGGAUCGGAAAAUGCAAAACUGGGGAAGAGGCCUCUAACGUCGUGUACAAGAUGAGCGCUGGAAAGUUCGAAUGCGGUGAAUGUAAAUCUCCUCGGAUUGGCAGUUGCAAAAAUGAUCUGCACCGUUUCAUUUGUGAGAAGCCCGCACCUUUGUGGCCGGAUAUUCCUGAAAAUAUCCGGGAUCUCUGUCAAAAGCUCGUGGGGCCGACUUAAAUCUAGUGACAACAAACUCUUCCCUCCAGCACAACUCCCUCACAUACUCUGACUCCAUCUCCUCUGCCCCUCGCCCUCACCCUAUUCUUCUCUUUCCACCUAUGGCACUCUUAGUCGACAUCUCGCUCUCUCUUUACCCUCGGACCUCCAAACUCGCUCUCUCUCUCAUAACUCCUCCACUGCUGUCUCUCCUUAUUUCGUUCCCAUAUUCCUUCCCUUCACUUUCUUGCCUCCCUCUCCCAGUAUCUAAGGACUGUAUCACAUGUUUACCACCUGACUCAUUAUCUGUAACUUAUCCGCCUUGAACUUUGUACCUUUGUAUGAUCAGUACGUGGCAUGAAUGUUAAAUUAAUGUAAGGUGCAAAAAGUUAAAAAAUAGUCCCGCAAAAAUGUCGAGGCGGUGCUCCUACAUUCAAAAGUGUGAUGCGUAGGUGAAGAAGGUGUUCCAGGAUCGUUGAGCUUCCAGUCUU